CACAUCCAUACCUGACCUGAUCAAGUUUCGAAUCGUCAAGGGAGAUCAGAAUAUAGUACAGGCUAACUCUCUUGGCUUUUCUCCCCAAGUUAUUAUCUCUAAUCUUAAUCUGAUUGUGUUUUUAAGAUACUAGGUGCAUACCCUUGCCGCAGUGCCAUUGUUAGUAGCUCUCGGGAGUUAAUGAUGGUUUUACGUGACUCAAAAAUGUGUAUUGCGCAAUUUCUUUAACUUGUAUUUUGUGGAACUGUUGUAUCGCACCCGAGUUAGAGUUUAUACCAUAAAAGGCUGCUUUCUAAGAGCCGGCUUUGUCAGCUUUAAUGUCUGAUCCCAAUGGUGACCGAGUCAGGUUGCGAAGUAUAUAUGAUUACAUUGUACCAAUGGCAGGUAAAGACGUUUCGUUGGUAGUUGACGACUUGAUAGGGAAACUUGUUGCAGUACCUACGCGUCUUUGGGGAUCGCAAGUAUGCAUCUACAAAGUGCAUGAGAAGUUGCAUGCAGUAAGCAGUCCUAGUGUGUACGUACCAGCGGUUGUAUCAAUUGGACCGAUCCACUACGGAAAUGCAAAGCUAAAGGGAACAGAAGAAGUAAAGUUGUAUUAUAUUAGCGAUGUUCUAACUCAAAGGGGAAAGAAAGAUACAAACUCCGCAACAGCGUUAUUGCGAAAGUGUUUUGAGUCCAUCAAGAAGCUUGAAAAAGAAAUUAGAGAGUGCUACGCAGAACCUAUCCUUCUCGAAAGCAAGGAAUUUAUAGAGAUGAUGGUGGUUGAUGGUUUGUUCAUCGUUGGGCUAUUCCAGAAUUAUAGAGUUGAACCAUUAAGGGAUGAUGAUCCUUUAGCUCAUAAUCCAUGGAAAUCAUAAAAUCUUAUUUGGGAUUUGCUACUCAUUGAAAAUCAAAUUCCUAUGUUUGUUCUCGAAAGCCUAUACAAAUUAACAGCAUCCGAUGAAGAGCAAUCGCUUAAAACCAUUGGUUAUCUUUCUUAUGGUUUCUUCAAAAAUUAUAUCAGCUUCCCAAGAGAUAAAAUUGUUCUCCGUAAAAUGAAAGAAACAGAUCUGCAUGAAGGCGUCCACUAUAAGCAUUUACUGGAUCACUUAUCUAAUACAUUUCAUCCUCUUGUGGAUAACGAAGAUAGCGAGGUCUGUCCACCACUGCGGCGGCUGAUACAUGCUUUACGCGUAACUACCAAGUUCGUAACGGAGCUAUUCUUACCUAAACCAAACACGGUUCAUACAUCAAGAUUGUACAUGCCUAGUGCGAUACAGUUGAAUAUAGCAGGAAUCAAGAUUGUUAAGGGUUCGACGGAAAGUAGUUUCCUUGAUGUCAGCUUCAAAGAUGGAGUUAUGACAAUACCACCUGUUAUAAUCUCUGGCCGCACGGAACCUCUGCUUAGAAAUCUCAUGGCGGCUGAGCAGUUUUCCGACCGGUAUACUAUUUACGUGACUUCUUAUGCUUUAUUCAUGGAUAGGCUCGUAGUCACUGCGAAAGACGUUGAGUUCCUAAGCAGUCGGGGUAUCAUUACAAAUAAUUUAGGUCGCUUUGAAGAAAUCGCUGAUCUCUUUGGUAGGCUUCAUAGAGAGGUAGUUUUAGGAGCACCAUUCUAUUAUCUUGGAACCUUUGAUAGAGUUAACGAAUAUUAUAACGACCGUUGGAACUUUUAUAAAGCUGCUAUUAAACGGAAAUACUUCAUUGAUCCAUGGGUGACUACUACAGAUAUGAGUUUCAGUAAACAAGAAUCAUAUAGACGUCCACCGGUACCAUGGACGGUAUAUCCACCAAGGAGGAAAUUUCCACCAACUUAUAGAGAGACUAGUGAUCAUUUGGAGGAGUUGUUUGAUGAUUUCAUUUCAUAGUGAAAAUUCAUUAUACAUAUACAUGAAAGAAAGAAACUGAAGUUUUCAAGUUCAUCUAUAAACUUUAUGUAAUGUAUUCAUGUUUUCUUUUGGUCAUCAUCUAAACCAAACUAGUCCGUAAUGGGAGAUGAUAUUUGAACCUGUUUUAAUAGCACCUAAUUAAAUGCAUGACAAAGCCUAU